UACCGCCCAACUAUCCAUCCCGCCGUCUGCAUAAUCUGCGUUUCGAGACAUGGGCGAGCCAACAGAACCCACCGCGUCCGAAGAACCGCACCGCAUCCGCAUAACGACGAGCGGGAGCACUGCCCCGCUGGCGCUCGAAGCCCUCACCUUCCUCAAGGACCACCCUUCCCGCCCACUAGUUUUGCACACGAUCCCAGCCGAAGCGCCCCCUAAACCCGGUUUGCAUCCCGCGACGCUCGCCGCGCCGCGCCUCGUCUCCCUCGUCGAGAAGGUGAAGCGGGAGUACAUCGCCAGCCUCGUGCCGCGCGCCGAGAAGCAGGGUCUGUGGCAGUACACGGAAACGGGGCUGCUGGGGCCAGCGGAGGUGGAGCGGCCGAGUCUCGAGCGCGUGCUGGGCGGCAAGACGAAACCGAAGAUGACACACCGGCCAUACCUCCAAAUCACGCUUUCGACGCGGCCCCUCGGCCUCGAGAAGGGACGGAACGUGACUUGUCAGACGGUGUAUGUUGGGCGGCGGCGGGGAACGAGGGGCAAGGGCAAAGGCAGGGGUGGUGAUAAAGAUGAGGGAGGCGAGAACAAUGCCGAGAUCGCGGAGCCCAUGGCAAGCUCAGUCACGGACGUCGGCGAAGUUGUCGCGCGCGUCGAGAAGCGCAAAUCUGAUGCGGCGCUCGUCUCAUCUUCCAAGCGGGCUCGUACAUGAAGGCGGCAUAUAUCUCGCCUCUCCACUCCAGGUUUCUCGCCCGCCAUCUAGUUGUAUACUACUAACCUCAUGCAUACUAUUUGUA